AACCUCAUAAGAGCACAUCACAAUAUUAAAACUUAAUCACAAUAUCCAAAAGAAAACCAUGUCAAAAGACACAAAGAACAAGCUCCCUCCUGGCUUUCAUUUCUUCCCAUCUGAAGAAGAGUUGGUGCUUCACUUUCUUUACAACAAAGCUUCUCAUCUUCCAUGCAAACCAGACAUCAUUCCAACCGUUGAUCUUCAUCACUGUGAUCCAUGGCAACUCAUCAAUGGUAAGGCUCUGGAAGGUGAUAAUCAAUGGUACUUCUUUACAUAUAAAGCUGAAAAGGCCGAAGACCGGGUCUCCGGCGAUGGAUAUUGGACUCCGGUCACCGAAGAUGAGCUGGUUUUUAGUGGUGAAAACAAGGUUGGUGUGAAGAAGAGUCUUGUUUAUUGCAUUGGUGAAGCUCCGGAAGGGAUUAAGACUAGUUGGCUUAUGCAUGAAUACCAUCUUUUGGAUGAACUUGUUUCUAACCCUAACCCUAAUUGCAGUAGAAGAAGGUCUUCUAAGAAGAGAAGGCAUUCAAGAAUGGAAGAUAAGAAGUGGGUUAUUUGCCAAGUUUUUGAUACAAGUUAUGGAACACAAGAUGAGAAUGAGAUGGAGCUCUCAUGCAUGGAUGAAGCCUUCUUAUCUUUAAAUGAUGAUGAUGAUGAUGAUGAUGAUGAUGAUGAUGAUGAAAUAAGUUUUCCAAAUUAGUUUGGUUGUUAUGUGAAGUUCCUUGUAAAUAUAAAUUAAUCAACUUUAUAUGUUUUAUGUGUUCCUUUUCUUUUUUUGGAUUUCAUAUUGUUGUUUAUUUUAUAGGAUCUCUCAUGUAUAUAUAUAUAAGUUUCAAUGUAAAUAUCUUGAACCAGAAUUUUUAUUUUUA